UUGGGGGACCCAAUGGGCGGCUCAAAAGACUCCCUGCGCGCACUGCUACUGCAGCUGGUCAAGUCUCCAGCUUUAAUAACUACAAGGGGCGCACAACCUCGUCCAGAAUUAACCAUGCUGACAGCACUGGAAAAGAGAGAGGAUUUCUGCAUUUCUUGACUCUUUUGGGUUUAAACUAUAACUAGAGAAGUUUUCUCGGAACUGAGAGGAUUUUCUUGGAGCCGAAAGAUUAAAGAAACUGAGAAAAAUGCAGGGAGGAGGGGAGGCACUCAAUUUUCUGGCUGUUCUAACAGUCAUCCGCGCUUUCGCUCAUGUCUACUCCGUCAUCGAUGUUCUAACCGAAACACUGUAUGAGAUACUAGAUUUCUGCGUGGUUGUGGUUGUAUUAAUGAUGCUUCUGGCGGUUCUUGUUUGGCUCCAGAGGGAUACUUUUCUUGAAUUAAGCCGUGAAAUGUCUCGUAAGAUUGUUAAGAAUUCGGGAAAUAUUAUUCGACUGUUGGACCCAAGGGCAUACUUCUCUCGUUGCCAUUGCCAUACCAUAAGGGAAGAAACUAGUGGUUUCAUGAUUCAAAGACUGAAACAUGAUGUAGUGAAAAGAAUCCGUGAUGGAGUUUAUCAUGUCAAUGUAGAGAACAUAGGAGAUGUCGUAUAUAAUGUUGCACCCCGGGAUAAUUCAAUAAGUAGAGAAUCCUACAAUUUGGCAGCAGCAUGCUCUAAUGAAUUUGUGUUGAAGAGUCUUUAUUAUUUCUAUCCGAACUGCAACCAAGUUUGCUAUGUAAUGGAGUACUACCAGCAAAGUCUUGAGCAUUGGUUGCAAGAGAAUUCUCUCUUUGAUCAUCAAGUAAAAAAUCUGAAUCCAGAGUUUCUUCAGAUUCUUAGGGAUGUUCUGAGGGGCAUUGAUUAUCUCCACUCUGUGAAAAAGAGAUGUCAUCGAAAUUUAAGUACGUUAAAUAUUGUGAUAGUAAAUGGUCGGGCAAAGAUUACAGGAAUGGUAAAUGAUGCCUCAACCUCAAAGACUAAGCAAGAUGAUCAUUUGGAUUAUAAGCACUUGGCCAAAGUUAUUAGGACUUGCUUUGGGAGCAAACAACAAAACAUUCCAACAGAACUUAAGUUGUUUCUUACCUAUAUUUCAAGAUCAAAAUAUUCAAAAUCUAGCCGGUUGCUCAAUAUUAAAAAUCAUCCAAUAUUUUUAUCCCCUUUACAAAGAUUGUGCUACAGGGUGACUGCUUAUACGUUCUUGUAUUUUGGAAAAUCAAGAAAGUCCUUUGUGUUGACACUAAAUAACAAGCUCCAAAAAAGCAAGUGGAAGGACAGGGUUGAUAUAUUUCAAGAGGUGCUUGAUUGCCGUGAGAAACUGAAGCAUUUGUCAAAAAGACAAAGGAGAGAGUUUAUGUAUAACCAGUCUGCCAUAUCUUUUAUGAGGUUUGCCAGAAAUGUCAUUGUGCAUCUUAAUGACAAUUUCAGUCGAGAUUUAGUUAACAAGAAAUUGACAGUAGAAGUGGUUGAGGAAGAGCUUAAUACAUGCAUGCCCGAGUUCAUGCCUAUCUUACAUGAAGUCCUUGUUGACCAUGGCCAUCUUAUGAUUGUACAUGAUGCGGUUCUCAAGUGAAACUAUUAGGAUAUUAUUUCUCACAAAUGGAUAUAUAUAUAUGAGACAGGUUUGCCAAUGAUAAUGCUUUGAUUAUCAUAUUUUUAUUA